CGCCUCCUCUUCAUUCCUCACCAAAUAUCUCAUCAUCAAACCUACAAAUGCCAAGAAGAAACAGCAUCAGAUACCAACUUUUCUCCUUGAGUUCUUGCCUUCUUGGUGCUAGCAACCAACAUCAAUAAAUGGCGACUACCGGGAAUGUGAUCAAGUGCAAAGCGGCGGUGGCAUGGGAGGCCGGGAAGCCGCUGUCGAUGGAGGAGGUGGAGGUGGCGCCGCCACAGGCCAUGGAGGUGCGCGUCAAGAUCCUCUUCACCGCCCUCUGCCACACUGACGUCUACUUCUGGGAAGCCAAGGGGCAAACUCCAGUUUUCCCUAGGAUCUUAGGGCACGAAGCUGGAGGAAUUGUUGAAAGUGUCGGAGAAGGAGUGACCGAGCUGGUACCAGGUGAUCAUGUUCUCCCCGUUUUCACCGGUGAGUGCAAAGAGUGUGCUCACUGCAAGUCAGAGGAGAGCAACCUGUGUGAUCUCCUCAGGAUUAACGUGGACAGAGGCGUGAUGAUCGGCGACGGUAAAUCACGCUUCACCAUCAACGGGAAAUCGAUCUUCCACUUUGUAGGCACAUCCACUUUCAGUGAGUACACCGUGAUCCAUGUUGGGUGCGUCACAAAGAUCAACCCAGAGGCACCCCUCGACAUAGUUUGUCUUCUUAGCUGUGGUAUCUCAACUGGUCUUGGUGCGAUGCUCAAUGUUGCAAAACCGAAAAGGGGCUCAACUGUGGCCAUCUUCGGUCUGGGAGCAGUAGGCCUUGCUGCAAUGGAAGGUGCCAGGAUGGCUGGGGCAUCAAGGAUCAUUGGAGUGGACUUGAACCCUGCAAAAUACGAACAAGCUAAGAAAUUUGGAUGCACUGACUUUGUGAACCCAAAGGAUCACACCAAGCCUGUGCAAGAGGUACUGGUCGAGAUGACCAACGGCGGCGUACACCGUGCGGUCGAGUGCACUGGCAACGUCGACGCCAUGAUAUCCGCCUUUGAAAGCGUUCACGACGGGUGGGGCGUGGCAGUGCUCGUAGGCGUGGCGCACAAGGAAGCCGUCUUCAAGACCCAUCCGAUGAACUUGCUCAACGAGAGGACCCUGAAAGGGACCUUCUUUGGCAACUACAAGCCACGUACCGACCUCCCCGACGUUGUCGAGAUGUACAUGAGAAAGGAGCUGGAGCUGGAGAAGUUCAUCACACACAGUGUGCCCUUCUCGCAGAUCAACACUGCGUUUGACCUGAUGCUCAAGGGGGUGGGACUGCGCUGCGUCAUGAGGAUGGAGGAGUAGAGCUGCACAAUCUCCCGCUGCUUUUAUUGGUGCACGAUAAAAUAUGGUGUAUGCACAUGUGGAUAUUUUCGAAAACAAAUACACAAUAUAAUAUCUAAAUUAUUGCGAGUCAAUAAAGUUAUAGACCUUGUAUUUUGGAGCGGAUGGGUUAUGAUGUUUUUGUGGGAAACAUAUUUCUCAUCUUUAAAUUGUUGUACUUGUAUAAGCAUGUUAUCUAUAAGGUCAAGUCCUGGAUCUGUCUGUGCUCAUUUUUUCUC